AUUAAAAAGCGACGAUUUGGGCUCUUUUCCUCGGUGUUUGUGGCUGUGUGGUGGUGGAGUGAACGCGCUCCAUCUCUGCAACAGCAACGUGUUAAACUGCGAUCCGAGUUUAGAUCAUGUGGGUGGAAGGAACCAACUGGAGCUGAAGGUUCACAGUCACUGUGUUUGCACAUGGGUUCGUGGUGAAACACUAGAAACUGAUCUUGUUUUUUUUUUCGGUUUUUCUCAUUUAAAACACGUUGCAACUCGAUCAACGGAACAGUGGGUUGUUCAGGGUCCGUAGGAAGAAUCCACUGUCCAACACUUUGUUAUAAUGACUUGUGUUUGUAUAACUGGAAUUUGUUGAUACAUCUUAUGUAUCUUAAUCUAGAUGUAUCACAGUAAACAUAAACCACUGGUUCAGAGUGUACUUUCAGCUUCCAGCUGUUCCACUCUUAGAUCUCUGUGAGCAAGUUCGCAUCAGCCUUGCACAUCUGGACACUCCAGUUGUAUACAUGCAUAACAGGGCUGAACGAAAUGGGCAAAAAUAUAAAAACUAAAAUCUUCAUAUCAGUUCAUAUUGUUAAUUGUCACAAUAAAAUUCACAUAAUGUCUUGAUAAAAUGUUGCACGUGAGUGGAGGUUGUGGUUUUAAACCUUUUAUGAGCAAAGAAAGACAAACAAAUCUAAAGGCGAUCAGUUAUGUGUUAUACCUCCUCUGCUGCUUGAUAUAUAAAACCUAUCAAUAUAAAUUGGACUUUUUUGUUAUUUGUUGCUUUAAGGCUGUGGCUUGUGUUUUGUUUGUCUGGUCUGUUGGAAAAUAAAUCUUGCCCCAGGUCUUGUUCGGGGGAUCGAACCUGGCUUCUCUUUAUAUUAUCCCUGCAAGGAGCAUUCACACAGGUUGAUGCUGCCACCACCAGGGUUCACCUUAGAGAUGGUUUUCAUGGUGGCAUGAGUUGUUUAAUGCUCCAAUUGGGUCAUAGAGUCUGGUUAUACCUUUAAAUCAGUUUAAUAAAUGUAGUUUGACAUGUGAUCAUGUAUGUCAUUGUCAUAAUAAUAUCAAGCAGGGCAGCACAAGUUAAGUAUAAUUAGUUGUUUGUGUUGAGAGGUCUGGUGAGAGAGACCGUAAACCAUUAGUCAAACAUUACUGUAGGUGUGACUGUGUUGAGAGUGUGUGCCUGGUGCAAAGGUUUCCAUGUAUCUUAGCUUGACACCACAACAACGUUUCACACCGAUAUACCCAUUUAUCAUGAAGGGUUUCACGAAAUGUUAGUCGAUCAAAUCGGGGUCAUGCAGAGUGACAGGUUAGUGUGGAAUGAGGUUCGACUUGUUCAAAUCCUGAAGGUCAGUUGUGUCUUGAUCCAUUCGGUGACGCCACAGGAAAGUGCCAGUGACUGUUUCAAGAAGGAGUCCAACUCUGCAGCCCUGGACCUGGGAGGCUUUUCUCUGUCCUGAGUAAAGCUGAGCCCGACGGGAUCAACACUUGGAGAACUCAAAUUAUACCAGGGCUUUAAUUUUCCCCUCGGCUAAUGGUGUAGAACCGUUUCCUCAGCUCCUCUUCUCACUGGAAAAAGAAACACCAGUGCUGGUCUCUCUUUGGCUUCCUGUCAAAUUCGGGAUUGAUUUUAAGAUUUUAAACCGUCUGGCAGUGACACCAUCAAGUGUUGCCCCCUCAUACUCCCUGACUGAGGUCGACCAAACUGUCCUAAGAUCUAUAAGCUCAUCAGUCGAGUUGUUGCUCUUGUGACAGAAUGAAGACGAGAGAGGUGAAGAUUAUAAACAAAGGUCUUGAGGAUGAGAUGGAGGUGUGGGGCUACCGGCCCUGUCUGUGGAAGACCAUCCUGGUGGGCGUGGGUGUUGUCUGCUCCGGCGGUCUCCUCCUGCUGCUCCUCUAUUGGCUGCCUGAGUGGGGCGUCAAGGGCACCUGCACACACACCUCGCUGAGGGACGCACACACGCUGCUGCUCAGGACCACGGAUGAGUUCAGACAGUGGUUUCGAGCCAAAGCGCAUGUGAUGCUGGCUCCGUGGAAGAAACCCUUCGACAGCUUGGAUUUGUCCGCGACGGCUCAGCUGCCGAACGGAGACCACAGCGAGGAGCAUUAUGGGAAAUUGGCUCAAGGGCAGCCUGCUCAGAUCCACCACUUCACCCACCACAGCACUAAAUACUACUGGGAUGAUGAGACGCAGAACUUUGAGACCUAUAAAGGCUUGGAAGAUGUGAAUGUGAGCUGUGCAGGAAUCCACUCUGAACACAGCUCUGGACUCUGUACAACCCUGCAGGAGCACAGGAGGUUGUUUUUCGGGGAGAAUGAGAUCGCAGUGAGAGUGCCCUCUCUGUUCAAGCUCCUCAUUAAGGAGGUCCUGAAUCCGUUCUACAUCUUCCAGCUCUUCAGUGUGAUUCUGUGGAGCGCAGAGGACUACUACUAUUACGCCACGGCCAUCGUUUUCAUGUCCGUCAUCUCAAUAGCUACCUCGCUGUAUACCAUUAAAAAGCAAUAUGUGAUGCUGCAUGACAUGGUGGCGGCUCACAGUGUGGUGCGUGCUUCAGUGUGUAAAGGAAAUAAAGAAAUUGCAGAAGCCAUGUCGACAGAGCUCGUUCCCGGUGAUGUCGUCAUUAUUCCGGCCAACGGGAUGAUCAUGCCCUGCGACGCCGUGCUCAUCCACGGAACCUGCAUUGUAAAUGAGAGCAUGCUCACAGGGGAGAGCGUCCCAGUUACGAAGACCAGUCUGCCCAGUUCAGGUGAGGAUGCAGCCGUGAGCUACAACAUGGAGGAGCACAAGAGACACACCCUGUUCUGUGGCACCCACGUCAUCCAGACCCGCUUCUACACUGGUGAACUGGUGAAGGCUGUGGUGGUCCGAACAGGCUUCAGCACAGAGAAAGGCCAACUGGUGCGCUCCAUCCUCUACCCCAAACCCACAGACUUCAAGCUGUACCGAGACGCCUACCUGUUCCUGCUGUGUCUGGUGGGGGUGGCAGGGAUCGGCUUCAUCUACACCAUUGUCCUCAGUGUAAUGAACCAGGUUCCUGCUAAAACCAUCAUCAUUGAAUCUCUGGACAUCAUCACCAUCACGGUGCCCCCGGCCCUGCCAGCAGCGAUGACGGCCGGUAUCGUGUACGCACAGCGGCGUCUGAAACGCGUCGGCAUCUUCUGCAUCAGCCCCCAGAGGAUCAACAUGUGCGGUCAACUCAACCUGGUUUGCUUCGACAAGACUGGUACUUUGACGGAGGAUGGUUUGGACCUGUGGGGUAUCCAGAGAGCUGAAGCUGGCAGCUUCUCUCCUCCAGAGUCCGAAGCAGCUGAGCAGAGUCUGGUGAGCUCAGCGUUCGUGGCGGGCAUGGCCUCCUGCCACUCACUGACCAAGAUAGAGGGCGAACUCUCCGGAGACCCUCUGGACCUCAAGAUGUUCAGCGCCACAGGCUGGAUCCUGGAGGAGCCCAUAGAGGAGGAGACGGCGCUCCACAACCCCCUAAUGCCCACAGUGGUGCGACCUCCGAAGCACGUCGUCCCUGAAGCCAAUCAGAACAAUCCACUGGCUCAAAACAUGGAGCUUUCUCAAAUAUCAUCCUUUGAGAUCGGUAUCGUGCGUCAGUUCCCCUUCUCGUCGGCUCUGCAGAGGAUGAGCGUCGUGGUCCGGAGGUUAGGGGAGAAGCACAUGGAUGCCUACUUGAAAGGAGCGCCGGAGAUUGUGGCGAGCCUCUGCAAACAGCACACAGUCCCACAGAGUUUCACAGAGACUCUGGAGAGCUACACCAGGCAGGGCUUCAGGGUUAUUGCCCUGGCACACCGACAGCUGGAGUCCAAACUCUCCUGGCACAAAGUCCAGAGCCUCAGCAGGGUCCUGAUAGAGACCAACAUGGAGUUCCUUGGUUUGAUCAUCAUGCAGAACAAAAUAAAGCAGGAGACCGCCGGGGUUUUACGUGAAUUACGACAAGCCCACAUCCGCACCUUGAUGGUCACAGGUGACAACAUGCUGACGGCCAUAUCGGUGGCUCGAGACUGUGGGAUGGUCCGUGCACAUGAGCAGGUCGUUAUAGCAGAUGCUGUGCCCCCUAAAGAUUUCAAUCCUGCCACUAUCAUGUGGCACUACACUGAAAACCCCGCUCAGCCCACCAAGGACAAUCAGUCUGUGGAGAUAAAUCUGGAGGAAAGGGCGUAUGACAAGCGACAGCCUCCGCAGGAACAAAGCUAUCACUUCGCUGUGAGCGGCAAAGCCUUCGCUGUUAUCACCGAGCACUUCCCCCAACUCGUCCAAAAGCUCGCCCUAAGAGCCACAGUGUUUGCCCGAAUGGCUCCGGACCAGAAGACGCAGCUUGUGGAAAUCCUGCAGAGCAUCGACUACACUGUUGGGAUGUGUGGUGAUGGUGCUAAUGACUGUGGAGCUCUGAAGAGAGCUCACAGUGGGAUUUCUCUGUCUGAGCUGGAGGCGUCUGUGGCUUCACCGUUCACCUCCACCACCCCGAACAUCUCCUGUGUCCCCAACCUCAUCAGGGAGGGUAGAGCUGCCCUCAUUACGUCAUUCUGUGUUUUCAAGUUCAUGGCUCUCUACAGCAUCAUCCAGUACCUCAGUGUCACCCUGCUCUACUCUAUCCUCAGCAACUUAGGAGACUUUCAGUUCCUCUUCAUUGACAUCGCCAUCAUUCUCAUCAUCGCCUUUACAAUGAGUCUGAACCCUGCGUGGAAGGAGCUGGUGUGGCGUCGCCCUCCGUCCAGUUUGAUUUCCGGCCCACUACUCUGCUCCGUUCUGACCCAGAUCCUCACCUGCCUGUUCUUCCAAGUCCUGGUAUUUCUCUUAGUGCGGCAGCAGAGGUGGUACGAGACAUGGACCCCUCAGUCAGACGCCUGUAAUGUUUCCAGCUACAGUCUCACUCAGAGCUCGAACGUAUCAAGUCCUCACGACCACAAAAACAUCAAGAACUACGAGAACACCACCCUCUUCUACAUCUCCUCCUUCCAGUACUUGUGUGUGGCCAUCAUCUUCUCCAAGGGAAAACCAUUCAGACAGCCCAGCUACAAGAACUGGCCGUUCAUGCUUUCCUGCAUAGGUCUGUACACUUUCCUCCUCUUCAUCAUGCUGUAUCCUGUCCCUGCUAUCGACAGCUUCCUGGAGAUCGUGUGUGUUCCCCACGACUGGCGCGUUACACUGGUGGUUAUUGUUGUCGUGAAUGCGGCCGUGUCUUUCAUGCUGGAGAUUUUGAUCCUUGACAUCGUCCUGUGGAGGCUAGUUUUCAGAGGCAAUCAGGGGGUAACUCGCCCCUCAGCGUCCCCCGCUACUGCCAAACCUCAGGAGGCCAACAGCCGCUGGGGCUCGUCCUUCCUCUCUUGGCUGUUCUGUCGGAGAAACAAACCUCCCAGGGUGCGCUACAUGAACGUGGCCCUGGAGCUGCAGGACAACCCCGACUGGCCCCCCGGUCCCUCCACUGUCACGUACGCUAGUGAUGCUCAGUCCAGCAACUCAGCCGCCCUCUGACGCCAACGGGACCAACAGGCAAACUGCGGCAAGUCCCGAACCAGUUGAUGGAGCUCAGAGGUGUGACGGAUGGUCAGAUGAUUUUAUUUUGGAUGUGGACCCUGUCGGAUGCCAACGAAGAAGCCUUCAUAAAGAAGAGGCCUCCUACUGUACCAACUAACUGACACUGUGAGCUGCUCUUAUAAAAUAUUUUCUUUAAUUGUGCCUCGUCAACAAAAAUUCUAAAUGGACAAACUCGCUGCACUAGGAUUUUAGCCGUACUGUCAUGUCUCGCUGCUGAAACUGAAGCCAGAGGCCUGUCAGAGGAAUAGAUCAGUGUUUUCACACUGUGCAUUUAUCAGCUUUCUUGCUGCGAGGCUGGAACAACGUGGUCGUGUGUUUCAGAUUCUUCUGAUCCUAUGUGAAUUCAUUUUUAGUGUUCAGGUAUGACAGUUUUUGAUCUUUUUACUAUACAUGAGGUAUUUCUACAGAAUGAUAUGUACCAUUCCUUCAAUUUCUUAUUGUCCUCUACUUCCAAUGACAUACAACACGCAAAUACUACACUGGACAGUGAGUGUCAUAUGAGCCUUUCCAUUGUUUUACACAGUUUUCAUUAGCUGAUCCUGUAUCUGAACCAAGUGGACCAAGGCACAUUUUCAUCAGAUAUUUUUAGUUUAACAUCAGAUUAAUUCAUCAUGAGAUACAAAAGAAAAUGUCUUCCACUAACAGCUGCUGCUAAAAUAUAAAAGCUGUGAAGCAAUAUGAGGUCACAUGGAUUCAAAGAAACACGAGGACUUAUAUCUGUUUCCAGUUUCAUGAAUAAGACUUGUAGUGAAUUAUUUCUCUGACAGAAAACAUUCCACUGCUGCGUUUUCUUUCUUAGAGUCGCUUCAGUUGAAAUUCUUCCUGUGGAAGAGAGUAAGAAGAUGAUUGUGUCCCUAUUGAGUACUUUACUGCCUGUGUGUGUGUGUGUGUGUGUGUGUGUGUGUGUGUGUGUGUGUGUGUGUGUGUGUGUGUGUGUGUGUGUGUGUGUGUGUGUGUGUGUGUGUGUGUGUGUGUGUGUGUGUGUGUGUGUGUGUGUGUGUGAGUGUGAUUGAGUGAGAAAGAGUGAGAAAGACAACAGUGUGCCAGUAAAUAUUAGCAUCAAAACAUACCAUUUCAGUAUCCCUCAGAUACAUCAUGAAAUGUUCUUUUACUCAAUAAAUGAAUAUGAUGUUAAUUACAACAUUUAACAUGAUUGAGGACCUGAACAGAGGUGAUAAUGAUUGAAUUGAUUAAUGAAUUAAUCCCAAUUAAUCUUCAAGACACUUGCUGCUGUGAUCAUUUUCUAACAGUUGAUUUUAACACGUCAAUUUCAUGUAAUAUUUUUACUGUUUACAGCUGUUGAACACAUAUUUCUUUCUAGUUUUUAAGUGUAAAAAAAUGAAAUAAAUGUGAAAAUCUAAAUAUUAAUCACCAAAAUGUCAAGACUAUUACUGUAAUAAAGAGCAAUUAUAUAUUCUGUGUUUUGGAAAAAUCGUAAUAAACUUAUUUUCACAUUUGU